GUGUGUUUCGAGGUCAGUUUCCUGUGAAGGUCAUGAUGGAUCAAGCAGCUCUCCGGCUGAUUCUCUUGGGCGUCUUUCUCAUCUCAGCCUCUUCAGACCCUGUUAAGAAGAAACAAAAUGUGGAUAUAUACAGCUUCUAUAUUAACUCCAUGGUCACCAGUCGCUACGCCACAACAGUCAUCACAAGCCGUGUUGCGAACACACUGAAUGAAUCUCAAGAGAUCCAGUUUGAGGUCAAGAUUCCCAAGAAUGCCUUCAUCAGCAAAUUCAGAAUGACCAUAGAGGGAAAAACAUAUGAUGGGGUUGUGAAGGAAAAAGAGGAAGCUCAACAGCUAUACAAUCAAGCAGUAUCUCGAGGACAAAGUGCUGGACAGAUCAAAUCUGUUGGAAGGACUUUAGAAGACUUUAAAACCUCAGUGACGGUGGCUGCUUUUAGUAAAGUGACCUUUGAGUUGACCUACGAGGAACUGUUAAAGCGUCGCCUCGGCAAAUAUGAACUACUCAUCAAUGCGCAACCAAUGCAGCCAGUGGCUGACUUCAAGAUGGAUGUACACAUCCAAGAGAAACCAGGAAUUUCCUCCUUGGAGGUGAAAGGAGAUUUGAGCACCGGUGAUCUGGCAAAUGCCAUCAAAACCACCAGAGCAGACAAAGAUGCAUGGGUGACCUUAUACCCCACUCAAGAUCAACAGACCAAGUGUAAAAGCUGUGGAGAAAAUGGGUUGAAUGGAGACCUGCUUGUAACAUACGAUGUUGAGAGACGAAAUCCCAAAGGAGAAGUCAUGGUAUCAAAUGGCUAUUUCGUCCACUACUUUGCACCCUCUGAUGUUCCACGUAUUCCCAAAAAUGUGGUGUUUAUCAUUGAUCGGAGUGGUUCUAUGCACGGCAGAAAAAUAGAACAGACUCGAUUGGCACUGCUAAGGAUUUUGAGUGAUCUUGAUGAAGAUGACCACUUUGGAUUGAUCACCUUUGACAGUGAAGUUAACUUAUGGAAGCGUGAGCUCCUCAAAGCUACUGAGGCAAAUCUGAAGAAUGCGAAAUCGUUCGUGAAUGAGAUCACAGAUAGAGGAGCCACGGACAUAAACGCUGCAGUUCUAGCAGGAGUGGACAUGAUCAAUCGACAUCCACGAGAGGGAACAGCCUCCAUCCUGAUCCUGCUGACUGACGGAGAUCCCACUUCAGGUGAAACCAACAUAGAGAAGAUAAUGGCCAAUGUGAAAAAGGCCAUUGGGACAAAGUUUCCCCUCUAUUGCCUUGGUUUUGGAUAUGAUGUUAACUUUGACUUCCUGACAAAGAUGUCACUGGAAAAUGGUGGAGUUGCUCGCAGGAUUUAUGAAGAUUCAGACGCUGAUCUACAGCUGCAGGGCUUCUAUGAAGAAGUUGCCAUCCCUCUCCUCACUGAUAUUCAACUUAAAUACCCAGGAGGGACAAACCUUACCAAGACCAGCUUUAGCUUGUACUUCAAUGGCUCUGAGAUUGUGGUGUCAGGACAAAUCACAGACAACAGUGUGGAGAGUUUCACCACUGAAGUCAUCGCAGUAUCAAAAGGCAACAAUGUGAUGUAUCAGGACACUAUAUUGACAAAAGACCCCAGUGAUGUCCCACCUGAGAAUGAAGAUUUCAUGCAGAGAUUGUGGGCCUACCUUACAGUGAAGCAGCUUCUGGAGAGACAGGUGAUUCUUAAAGGACAAGAGACAGAGGAUGAAAAGAAAGAAGCUCUCAAACUCUCCCUGAAAUACCAGUUUGUCACUCCACUCACCUCUAUGGUCGUUACUAAGCCACAAGAAGGUGAUGUGGAAGUUGCCGACAAACCCAAAGAGGGAGAAGCGCAACCCAGACCUCCAGGAUUUAGUCAGCAGCACCACCAUAGUCCAGGUCUGUCCAGUGCACCUGCCGCUCAUCCAGGUUUGCGUGGAUCAAGAUAUGGUGGUGCUAAUCCAGGGCGCCGUGGUGGACGAUAUCGCCUUCAUAGUUAUCCUGCUGCAUUUCCCUUUCCGGUAGCUGAGGAAUUCCAUGAUCUCAGUUAUUCCAAUCUAUUGAUCUCCCGUGUCUUAGAUCCAAGGCCCACACUUCCAGAGAUGGUACGUGUUCCCGUUACUAUGUCAGCUCCAACAGUUCGUAGCAAUCGUUUCCUGCUGCCUGUUGUUGGUCAGUCUAAGCUACUCUGUUUUGACGUUCCUGUUCCUCACAAACUCAGACUUCUACAGGAUUCAGCUUCAGAGUUCUAUAUGAAUGGAGAAUCCGUGACUGGACAAAAUGGAUUCCAUCAAAUUACUUUUCAUUACAAAACUAACCAUCAUCUGACUAUAAACACAACGUCUGUCAGAUACCAUGAAGGCCAGAAUCAAGUUGAGUUCUUGUGGGGCCAGGAACUGACCCAACACAAUACUGAGGGCGUGUCUCUGAUUCUACGGAGCAAUGAAAUAGACAUCACCAUGGGAAAUAUUCACGUCGUUAUUCUUCUCCAUAAGGAAAAAAGGGAAAUUUUUCUGUGGCCUGCUGUUCAGCAACAGCCAAAAGAUGUCAGUUUGACAGGCAUUUUAGGAAAAACUGAUGCUUCAUAUGAGGAGAUUCAAGGAUCACAAACACCAACUCUAAAGAUAAAUGACCAGGAAGUGAGCACAAGCUGGGAGGACGUCACAGACUACAGACUUUCUUCAAAGCCGGUUAUCAAAUGCUGGCUUGUCUCGUUCUAUGCUGCGAUGCAGAGAGACAUUUCUGAUUUCACUGUCACUAAGCUGUAGAGUUCAAAGCUGGCAAAUGAUAAACUGGGACAGAGCAUGUUUCUAUGUAAAACACUUGCUGAUGUUUGUGUUGUGUAUUUUUUUUCUGUCAUUGGCAAACAUGAUAUCUCUGACACACCUCAGCAUUUCAAUAAAUUCAUCAACAUAAAAACAA